CGCAUGCGUGGCAUUUUUCAAAGACUCCCGCUCGCUUCGGGGAACGUCGCAUCGAAUCAACUAAUGUCGGCCGCUACAGCAACAGCAGCAGCAGGAGCAGCAGCCGCAGCAGCAGCAGCAGCAGCAGGCGGUUCGAAGAAGCGGAAGAUGAAUGACGGUGAUGCUGUUGACGCGGCAGGCCAGCCAGCUGAUGACCACCACCCUCCCACCCCUCAGAUCGGCCGCAAAUCCUUUGACCGGUCGCUGCACAAGGCCAUCGCGGCCCUGCUUGCCAUCAAGAACGCCGCCACGGCCGCCAUCCAGCAGCUGCAGACCAAAGCCGAGGCCAUCAAAGAGCUGAUUGAGAGCACGGGCGGCAAGUUGGAGCUGACGGGCGGCAUCGAGGGGGAGGUGGAGGUCAAUGUGGGCGGCCGGGUGGUGGGUGUGUCGCGCAAGGGGCUGAUGCUGGAUCAGCUCCGCCGCACCUACUUCGCCCAUCUGCUGCUGUACUGCGUGGACGCCCUGCCCCGCGAUGAGGAGGGCCGGCCAUUCCUCGACGCAGAUCCAAAGUAUGUGGACUGGUGAGCGGAGGGAGGGGGAAGGGGAAGUUGGUCGUCUGUUCAUCGUGUGUCUUCUCCUUUGUGUGUCAGGUUGUCUGAUGAGAUCUCCAUGGCUGAGUGUGCGGACGCCUCAGCUGAGGAGCACGAGAUCAAGCUCGACGACACACAGAAGGAGGAUCCCAUAUUCGCCUUCUACUACCAGCUGUUCCUCACACACACGCCACUCGACAUCGACACACAAUCGCACGACGUCGACAUGGACGACGGAGAUAAGGAGGUGGCGGCGGAGGGGGGCGAUGAGGGUGGCAGCGGGACGGACAGCAUGGGAGAUCGUUUGCGUGAGUAUGUGGAGGGCUACAAGGCGGCGGUGGUGGAGCUGGAUGGGGCAGCGGGGCAUCUGAAGGACUUCGGCAAGGCGAUGGGGCCCUUCCUCCGAGCAGAGGACGGCACUGCCCACGAGGUGAAGACCGUGACCGUCCUGCGCAAGAGGGUGUCGGCCACCGAGGCGACGCUGUCGCAGUUCGGCCCCGCCAACCCCCUCUACAAGCGAUUCAGGUCAGAGUUCGGCCGCCGCGCAUAAGUGGAAACAUGUCGUCUGUUUUGUGUCUGUGUUGUGCAGUGGUGAGAUUGUUGGCGACGUACCCAUCCGGCAGACCGCCGUCGAGCACUUGAUGAAGGUGACACACAGCCACACAGAAGCACAAGGCAGGAAGAAUCGUGUGUGGUGUUGUUUGUCGGUGGUCAGGUAGUGGAUUUUGCACGAAGACUGCGGCUCGAGCAUCGCCCCGGCAGUAUCGUCAAGCACCCGAUAGCCCGCAACAUGACUCAGCUCAAGGUGAGUCCAGACAGACAUGUAUGUGUCGGCGUUGGCUUUCGUCAUCGUCUGUGUGUGUGUGCAGAAGGAUGUGGAGAUGUAUGGCCUCAAGAUGGAGGACGUCUAUCGGCCCCCGGCCCCACUGCUCAGAUUCGAGGAGACGCGUGAGGUGCUGGCCAUGACAGAGAUACCCAACCCCUCAAUCAAACUCCUCUACAGGUACGCAGAGACAUCCAAAUGAACUCUUUGCGACACCAUCAACUCAUCACCCUUUUCUCUUUGCUCUCUGUCAGUUCGACGCGUGACGGUGGUGACUUCGGCACGAUGGUCGACAAGGUGGGCGACGCGAGCGGUCUGCUGUUCCUCGUCAACCACAACGAAACACACCGAUUUGGCGUUUUCGUCGACGGUCAACUCAAGCCGCCCGCCGGCUACAAGGUGCCCCACUUCUUCAUUUCCAUCAGCGGUGCGUACGCGAAGCCCACCAAGAUACCGAUUCCCGAGGGCGACCAGAAGGUGAGGGUCGCCGGCCGUCUAGCAUCCAUCAAGGCACCCAAUGUGGACAAGCGCGGCAAGGUGGGUGGAGGGCACACAUAAUUAGUGUCACUGCGAUGAAUGGCACUGAAGCAACUGACUGGCUGUCACAUGUCAUGUGUGCAGUUGUACUUGGGCCGUGGGUAUCUGUGGCUCGCUUUCGGCAGCCCCGGCCCGGCAGAUGACGUGCGCAGCAUGUUUCAGUGGGUCAAGAAAGAGGACAUGGCUGACGGCUACAUCGGCCGACGCAACGACAACGGCGACGGCACCCUGGCGGACAAAUUCACAUUCACCGCCAAGGAGAUCGCAAUCUAUCACGUGAGUGCCAGGAUGAGAUGAGUGAGAUGAGCGUCGAAGAGAUGAAUGAAUCACUGGAUGGAUGUCUGUGUGAUUUUCAGGUGAAGUCGGACUGAUGAGUGAGAGGAGGAGACAGUGCGACGACAGCAGCGGCAGCGGAAGACGCGGCCUUGUACAGUACACACACGACAGACCGAUUCGUGUGCAUUGCUUUGCACGGACAGACAGAUGG